AUUAAAAGCGGGGCACUAAAUCACUUGGAGUCUCCCGUAUUUCAAGGAAAGAUGGCAAGAUUUCUUCGCGUGGCACUUUUGGCCUGUUUGGCCGCUGCGGUCGUGGCCUCGUCCCGCACGGCCUACGGAAACGGCCGCAUCGUGGGUGGGAGCCCCGCCGACCCUGCCGAGUACCCUUCGCAGGUGUCCCUCAGGGCGCUGGGCAGCCACUCGUGCGGCGCCAGCAUCAUCAGCGAAAACUGGGUCCUCACCGCCGGCCACUGUGUUGAAUUGAUGUUGCCUGGUUGGCUAGAAAUCCACGCCAACUCGAACCACUUGAUCACCAACGGCACCUCGCACGAAGUGGUCAGGUUCAUCCAGCACGCCGGCUUUAACUUCAGCGACUUCACCAGCGAGGACAUCGCGGUCAUCGAGGUCACUCCACCUUUCGAAUUCAGCGAGACGGCUCAGCCAGCCGUGCUGCCUGAGCAGGACGUCGAAACGCCGGCCGGCAGCCCAGCCGUUGUCAUCGGAUGGGGAUUCGUCGAUACGAACGGCCCCGUCAGCCCUUCCCUGCUGGAGGUCGACCAGGUUGUAAGGGACUAUCAGGACUGCUUCAAUAUUUACACCCCCGAUGUCAACGUGACCACCGAGCAGAUUUGCGCUGACGUGCCAGAAGGCGGCAAGGGCAUUUGCUCCGGUGACUCCGGCGGCCCCCUGUUUGUCGAUGGCCUGCUGGUGGGCUUGGUGUCCUGGUCCGCGAACGGUUGCGCUGCUGAAGGCUUCCCUGGCGUCUACACCAGGGUCGCUUCUUACCGCGACUGGAUCAGGGAAAACACUGGCGUGUAACUUCUUGAUACAAAUAAACGAUUGAUGCAGCAACAAA